CAGAUCACUCAACCCUCAACCCUCCUCCACUCCUUCAACCACCUUCCAUCACACCACAACCCUACAACCAUGACCAACCACCCCGCAUUCGACGUCUACUUCAUCUUCCAAAAACAAGAACUCAAGUUCCUCUUCACAACCCCCACCCACGCGGCCGCCUACCAGACCCUAAACCGCGAAGCCCGCAUCUUCACCCACGAACCAUGCGCCGUCUACCUCCCUCUCUCCCCAAGCAUGACCUACCUCCGCGACAGCAGCACCAGCGGACUAGUCAUCGGGUUCACAACCCCUCAGGACGCAGAAUCCUGGUGUCGGACGUCCGUCCUGGGGCAUAUUUAUGCCUCUGAACCGAGCACGGAAGUCCGGAUCCGACGGGCUUGGACGGAGGAGGAGUUAGAUGAGGUGCUACAUUUGCAGAAGCAUCAUCAUCAUCAUCACCAGCAACAGCACCAGCCCAACGGAUUCCGGGAUAGUGUUCCCCUCCCAUUACGACCUGCUAUGGCGCCGAAUACACCUCCUUCGGGAUCGAGAUCACGCCCGUCGAGUGGACAGUUUGCGCCGCCGGCUUGGGCGCAGGUUUCAAGCCCGAACUCGGGGACUGGGUCUGGGUCGGGGUCGGGGUCUCCGCCUCUUUCAUCGCACCAGGCGUAUUCGCCUGAGGGUCCGGCAUCCAAGGGUAGUCAUACGGCGUAUCGUGCGUCCCGCGUGCCGUCAGACUCGAUACAACAUGUCAGGGAAAGUCAGCCGUCGGUAGAGGUGGAGCAUUUGGAUGUGCCGCCGCUGAGAGUGGGACAUGUAUCGGGUGGUGCGCAUAGUGCGAGUGUUCAUUAGGGUAUGGGGAUAGAGGGUGGAUUGAUUGUUGAGAUGGGUUGUUUGGCAUAGCGAUGGCGUCGGUUUAUAGAAUGCGUGUUUUCACUUUCGUUUCAUGACUAUAUAUACUAGGAUACUACUAAUUAGGUAUCUAUUUAUCAACAAUCCAACUAGUAUAAAAUGGAGAAACUUCCCCGAAG